GCAAUACAGCCUCACCAACCUAUGACUCAUCAUAUUUUAUUUAUAUUAUAUUAUAUUCAUCCAUCACACCUAAGUUUAUCUUCAACUGUGUGUUCAUAUCUUGGUUGCAUUUUCAUCUUAUCAUUAGUAUUUUCCUUUCAAUAACUCAUAUCCAUAUCCAAUUACAAAGUUUUAGGGCAAAAUGGCUACUGAAGUUGUUCUUUUGGAUGCCUAUGUGAGUGGGUUUGGGAUGAGGCCAAGAAUUGCACUGGCUGAAAAGGGGAUUCAAUAUGAAUCAAAGGAAGAAGAUUUGGGUAAUAAAAGUUCAAUUCUCCUACAAAUGAACCCAAUUCACAAGACAAUUCCAGUGUUGAUCCAUAACGGAAAACCAAUUUGUGAGUCCCUCGUAAUUGUUGAGUAUAUAGAUGAGGUUUGGAAGGACAAAUCUCCUUUGAUGCCAUCUGAUCCUUACAAAAGAGCUCAAGCUAGGUUCUGGGCUGAUUUCAUUGACAAAAAGGUCUAUGACAGUGGAAGGAGAAUAUGGUUUACAAAAGGGGAAGAACAAGAAGCAGCUAAGAAAGAAUUCAUAGACUGCCUAAAGUUAUUGGAAGGAGAGUUAGGAGAUAAGCCAUAUUUCACUGGGGAAAAUUUUGGAUUUGUGGAUGUGGCCUUUAUUCCUUUCUAUAGUUGGUUUCCUACUUUUGAGAAAUGUGGAAAUUUCAGCAUAGAGGCAGAGUGUCCGAAGCUGGUGGCAUGGGCCAAAAGAUGUAUGCAAAAAGAUAGUGUAGCUAAAUCUCUCGCUGAGCCUGACAAAGUUUACGACUAUUUGUUGAAACUAAAACAGCGGCUCGGCAUUGCAUAGAGAUAUAUGAAGAAGCUCUGAAAAGAUUAUGUGUCUUUACUUUCUACUAAUACAUGCUUGACGGACUUGAGUUGGUGAGAAUA